AUGCGAAGAACAAGGCGACUCUUGUCAGCGGACACCACGGAGGUCCCGGUGAGUGUGGAGGAGCCGCACACCAGCGGCGUGACGGUCGCCAAUACGUGGGCGCCGCCGUACGCUGUCGCGGUUGCUGCUGCUGUCGCUAGCGGCGUGACGGAGGACGACACGGCGCCGCCGCCACUCAAGCGGUUUAAGCUGCCGGGCGAGGUCCUGGCGCGCCUUGGGAAGACAGCAGCAGCAGCAGCAGCCAACGAUGGCGAGGACAAGGCGGCGGACGUGGCGAAUGACGAUGUCGCAGGUGUGAUUCAGUUGCGGCGGGCUGCGGCAGCCAAGAAGCGCGCAACGGCGGCGGCGGCGGCGGCG